UGCGCGCCCUCCCGGUACCUGCUGGCGUGCGUCCUCCUGCUGCCGCCGCCGCCGCCUCUCGCCGCUUGUGCUCUCGGUUCGGCUGCUCUCGCCGCUUCUCAGCGCUGCUCAUCUCGCCGGUUCUGCUGCCCAGCGCCUCUCGUCCCGCUGCCUCUCCGUGCUGCCGGUCCUGCUGCCGCCGUCAUGCUGCCCGCCCGCUCCCCGCUCGCCGCCCGCCACGUCCAGCCCCGCCUGGCCCCCGCCAAGCGCCUGUCGCCGGAGAAGAGCCUGUCGCCCAUGAAGGCCCUGGCGCUGAGCGAGAAAGAGAACACGCCCCCCGCCCUGAGCAGUGCCCGUGUCCUGGCCAGCAAGGCGGCCCGCAAGAUCUUCCAGGAGCCCGACGAGAAGCCAGCGCUGCCGCGGGGUGAGGAGGAGGAGCCGCUGCUGCGGGACAACCCCCGGCGCUUCGUCAUCUUCCCCAUCCAGUACCACGACAUCUGGCAGAUGUACAAGAAGGCUGAGGCCUCCUUCUGGACGGCAGAGGAGGUGGACCUUUCCAAGGAUAUCCAGCACUGGGAGUCCCUGAAGCCCGAGGAGAAGUACUUCAUCUCCCACGUCCUGGCCUUCUUUGCUGCCAGCGAUGGAAUCGUCAAUGAGAACUUGGUGGAGCGGUUCAGCCAAGAGGUGCAGGUGACAGAGGCUCGCUGCUUCUACGGCUUCCAGAUCGCCAUGGAGAACAUCCACUCGGAGAUGUACAGCCUGCUGAUCGACACCUACAUCAAAGACCCCCAGGAGAGGGAGUUCCUUUUCAAUGCCAUUGAGACGCUGCCCUGUGUGAAGAAGAAGGCUGACUGGGCCUUGUGCUGGAUUGGGGACAAGAAAGCCACCUAUGGAGAGCGUGUGGUGGCCUUUGCAGCAGUGGAAGGCAUCUUCUUCUCUGGCUCUUUUGCAUCCAUCUUCUGGCUGAAGAAAAGAGGGCUGAUGCCAGGCCUCACUUUCUCCAACGAGCUCAUCAGCAGGGAUGAGGGUCUGCACUGUGACUUUGCCUGCCUGAUGUUCAAGCACUUGCUGCACAAGCCCUCAGAGGAUAGAGUGAAAGAGAUCAUCACAAAUGCUGUCCUCAUCGAGCAGGAGUUCCUGACUGAAGCCCUGCCUGUGAAGCUGAUUGGCAUGAACUGCAGCCUGAUGAAGCAGUACAUCGAGUUUGUGGCUGACAGGCUGAUGCUGGAGCUGGGCUUUGGCAAGAUCUACAGAGCAGAGAACCCCUUUGAUUUCAUGGAGAACAUCUCCCUGGAGGGCAAGACCAAUUUCUUUGAGAAGAGAGUGGGUGAAUACCAGAGGAUGGGAGUUAUGUCAAAGCCCACAGACAACUCCUUCACCCUGGAUGCAGAGUUCUGAGUGGACUGAGGCCCCAGGAGCUGAUGUCUGCUCCUCUCCUGCCUGGGAAAGGUGAAAGGCAUGGAGUCACUGACUUGAACCCUUUACUGACCCCCUUAGAAAGGGGGUGCUGGUGGUGCUUCCUAAGAGGCUUAGUGUAGCACCAGCAGGGGAACCUCUCUUAGCCUUUUUCCAGGGGUGUUGUAGCAGGUUUAGAUCUCUUCCAGCAUCUGCCACUCCACUCGGAGAUGAGGGCACCUUCCUUCUGCAAACGGAGGCUCUGGAGAAGCUCUGCUGGCAGGAGGGGACUCAGCAGCUGGGAGCUUGUAGUUUUUAAUUCACUGAGCAUUCUGCAGCAGGCUGGAGGCAGCCACAGGACCUCCCUGCUCCCAUGGUGGCUUUGGAGGUGGCCUUUUUUUAGUCCUGUUUUAAUUUGUACAUAGACCUGGGCACUUUAAGGGUGACAAUAAAACACCUGGUGAUGCUUGACGAGGGGAAGAGGUAAGACUCCAGCUUAGACACUGCUGGGACCUGAUGUGUUUUUAAUGCUUCUUGCUGGAUCUGUAACUCAAAACUGGUGCUUCAAGUCAAAGUGGUGGUCUGGAAGUUGAACAGGAAGAAGCUUGGUGUGGGAGGUGAAGAGCUGAGCAAGUUGGACAUCCUAGGCUGCUGGAAAACCAACCUGCAGCUGGCUUCUGGACUGCCUGUUCUUGGAGAGCUGGGGACAGCUUCAUCACAGUAAUAAAAGCCUGGUUGUACUGCU